CAUAUACGAAGUACUAGACCUCAAAAGGCAAAAGCCUCGGUGUUUUUCCCCGCAACGCAGCCAUCUUUCUUCACCAAAGCCGUUUCGAACCGGGCAGCUUGCCGCCCUGAUGUUCUGGAGUACGCCUCUGACGAGGGGCCCUUGGGCGGACCUCCGUGAAAGAUGAAGGAUGCUGACUUUCCGCGCUUUCCGCCUUUUUCUCUCCAACAAAAUCUUCCAAGUUGUAAAGCGUCUAUUAGAGUGAAUACUUACAGUCACAAUGCCUACCGAAUCUUUAUAUCCGCCGAUCGAGAUUCCUGACGUCGACAUUUGGGCAUUCUUAUUCGAGCGCAACGACAAGCCGUAUCCGGACGACAAAGCCAUUUACAUCGACCCUUUCACCUCUCGCACCUACACUUUCGCUGAUGUCAAGAGCACUGCCAUCGAUUUUGGCAAGGGCCUCAAAGCGUUGUGGGACUGGCAGAAAGGCGACGUGCUAGCACUCUUCACUCCGAAUUGUAUCGACACUCCCGCUAUAACAUGGGGGUGCCACUGGGCUGGUGGGAUCCUAUCCCCGGCGAAUCCGGGAUACACCGCAGAAGAGCUGGCAUUCCAACUCAAGGACUCAGGCGCGAAGGCGCUGGUAACUCAGCUUGCCCUGAUAGCUACGGCGAAGAAGGCCGCGUCAAUUGCUGGGAUUCCUCAUGACCGCAUCAUAGUCAUGGGCGACGAGAGAGACAAAGAGGCGCGCGUGAAGCAUUUCUCAAGCAUCAGGAACACGUCCGGCACCUCGCGAUAUCGACGCACGAAACUAGACCCAGCCGAGGACCUGGCCUUUUUGGUAUACAGCUCUGGCACGACGGGACAUCCAAAGGGCGUGAUGCUGACCCAUCGGAAUAUCGUUGCGAACGUGUUGCAAGGCAUGAGCGGGGAGGCGAAUCUGUUGAAGUGGGACAACGGACCAGAUAAGAGCGGGGAUCGAAUCAUAGCCUUUCUGCCCUUCUUCCACAUAUAUGGCCUCACGUGUCUAAUACACCACUCUCUUCGCGCUGGCCUGGCCCUCUAUGUUCUCCCCAAGUUCUCCCUGGAUGCCUUCUGCGACAUCAUACAAACCUACCGCGUCACGUUCGCCUACGUAGUGCCCCCGGUCGUCCUCCUUCUCGCCAAGCACCCCGACGUCUCCAAGUACGACCUCAGCAGCAUACGCAUGCUCAACUCGGGCGCCGCACCCUUGACCAAAGACCUCGUAGAGACGCUGCACUCCCGCCUUAACCUCAAGGUCAAGCAAGGUUACGGGCUCAGCGAGACAAGCCCAACCACUCACAUGCAGCCCUGGAGUGAUUGGGACAAGACCAUUGGUAGUGUUGGUCGUCUUCUGCCGAACUUGACCGCUAAGUAUGUCUCUGAAGCGGGCGAAGAGCUUCCAGCGGGCCAGACAGGCGAGCUCUGGGUGAAGGGGCCGAACAUCUUCAAGGGCUACCUCAACAAUCCCGAGCGGACGGCAGACUCGUUAACUCCGGAUGGCUACUUCAAGACUGGCGACGUCGGAUACCAGGACGAGAAUGGCAAUUUCUACAUCACGGACCGCGUGAAAGAGCUUAUCAAGUACAAAGGGUUCCAAGUGCCGCCUGCAGAGCUUGAGGGCUUACUUGUGGGGCACCCCUUGGUCGACGACGUAGCGGUGAUUGGAAUAUAUGACGAGGGGCGGGCGACGGAGGUGCCGAGAGCGUAUGUUGUCGCCUCAAAGGCGACAGAGCCAGUUGGUGAAAAGCAUUCUAAUGAGAUUGCUGAGUGGCUGGCUACAAAGGUGGCGGGCCAUAAGCGGCUGAGGGGUGGUGUGCGGUUUGUGGAGGAAAUUCCAAAAAGUGUCAGUGGCAAGAUCUUAAGAAGGGUAUUGAAGGCGAGGGCAGAAGAGGAGACAAGCGGUAAGACGGUCAAGGCGAAAUUAUAGGCAGUGAAUGUAGACUUCCGAGCUAGAUAAGAAAUCUUGAGUAUGGUGUAU